CCCGUUUUGGAGCGUUAUUUUAAAGGCCACAAAGCUGCGAUCACCUCUGUGGACUUCAGCCCCAACUGCAAACAACUCGCUACUGCUUCUUGGGAUACAUUUCUCAUGCUAUGGAAUUUGAAGCCACAAGCUAGAGCUUUCAGAUUUGUGGGUCACAAGGAUGUGGUAACCAGCGUGCAGUUUUCUCCACUUGGAAACUUGUUGGCAUCUGCCUCACGAGACAGGACCGUUAGACUUUGGAUUCCUGAUAAGAAGGGGAAAUCCUCUGAAUUUAAAGCUCAUACUGCCCCAGUUCGCAGUGUCAACUUUUCGGCUGAUGGCCAGUUUUUAGCUACAGCUUCUGAAGACAAAUCUAUUAAAGUAUGGAACAUGUAUCGCCAGCGCUUCUUAUAUUCUUUGUACCGCCAUACACACUGGGUACGCUGUGCCAAAUUCUCACCUGAUGGAAGGCUAAUUGUAUCGUGUAGUGAGGAUAAAACUGUUAAAAUUUGGGACACUACAAAUAAGCAAUGUGUUAAUAGCUUCUCUGAUUCAGUAGGGUUUGCAAAUUUUGUGGAUUUUAACCCUAACGGUACAUGCAUAGCUUCAGCAGGUUCUGAUCAUACGGUGAAAAUCUGGGAUAUAAGAGUGAACAAAUUACUCCAACAUUAUCAAGUUCACAGCGGUGGAGUUAAUUGUUUAUCAUACCAUCCUUCUGGUAACUAUCUCAUCACUGCUUCAUCAGAUGGUACACUUAAGAUUCUGGAUCUCUUAGAAGGAAGGCUCAUAUAUACACUUCAAGGACAUACGGGACCUGUCUUUGCUGUGUCAUUUUCAAAAGGUGGGGAGCUGUUUACAUCAGGAGGUGCAGAUGCACAGGUCUUGUUGUGGAGGACCAACUUCGAUGAAUUGAAUUAUAAAGAUGUCAUCAAAAGAAAUCUGAAAAGAUUGCAUUUUGAUUCACCACCACAUCUUCUUGAUAUCUAUCCAAGAACACCACAUUCCCAUGAUGGAAAACUUGAGACUGUUGAAAUUAACCCAAAGCUAGAGGUAAUCGAUUUGCAGACUUCUAAUCCCCCUGUUGUGGACAUCCUUUCUUUUGAUUCUACCACUGUAAAAACAACAGAAACCACUGGUAGAACUCUACCAGACAAGAGUGAAGAGAUCAGCGGAUAUUUCUUGAACCCUUCGUUAGUGUCUUCAAACUGUUCACCAGCAACCCUGAAAAAGAAAACAGAAGACAUGAGUGACCUUCCCUACGAGAAUCAAAGAAGCAUACCAUUGGCUGUGACCGAUGCUUUAGAACAUAUUAUGGAACAGCUCAAUGUUUUGACACAGACUGUUUCAAUCUUGGAGCAGCGACUGACUUUGACCGAGGAUAAGCUGAAAGACUGCCUUGAAAAUCAGCAAAAGCUUUUCACAGUCUCCCAGCAGAGAAGUUGA